AUGGUGUUGUUAGAUAUCCUCCUCCUCAUUCCACGUAUAUAUCUAUCUUUGCUUUCACAGACUCCACACACACACUCACUCACUCUUUGCGUCUCUCAUGAAACGGUAGGUAAUAAACCGAAGGAAAAUAGAAGAAAGAAAGAAAGAAAGGAAUGGCUUCUCUUAUGCCGAAUCUAUAUUAUUCUUCUCCAACUCCAAUUACAACAAUCCUUCAAUCCAAAGACAAACCACCCACCACCACCAUUCAACAAACCACCACCAUCACCUCUCUCUCUUCUCCCAGAGUCGCCACCUCUCUCUUUGCUGUCCUCCCCAAGCUUGAACCCCCUCCUUCUCCUUCUUCUCCUUAUCCAUUACGGGUUGCCCAAGUUGACCAACCUCCUGCUACCACCACCCACCACCCCCAAACCCCAACCCCAACCCCAGGAAGAGCAGAGGAACGACUUCUAUGUCAACCUUGGCCUCGCUGUUCGGACUCUCCGCGAAGACCUUCCCUUCCUUUUCUCCAGAGACCUCAACUACCACAUUUACAGGGACGACAUAACCUUUGUAGACCCAUUGAACACCUUCGCCGGCAUUGAAAAUUACAAAUUGAUCUUCUGGGCACUACGUUUUCACGGUCGAAUUCUGUUUCAUGAAAUUGGCUUGGAGGUGCUUAGGAUCUGGCAGCCUUCUGAGAAUGUCAUAUUGAUUAGGUGGAAUUUGAGGGGUAUUCCUAGGGUUCCAUGGGAGGCAAAGGGCCAGUUUCAGGGCACCUCUCGCUACAAAUUGGAUCGGAAUGGCAAAAUUUACGAGCACAAAGUCGAUAACUUGGCUUUCAAUUUCCCCCGACCACUGAAACCGGCAGCCUCAGUGCUGGACUUGGUGCGUGCGUGUCCGGCCAGUCCAAACCCCACAUUCUUGUGGGGGCCUGUGGAUGAUGUCUCGUCUUCAUGGCUGGAGUUUUAUAGGGCAGUAAGGGAGACACUGGAUUGUCAAAAUCACUUGACUGUACAUGAUCGGCUAGUUACUUGUUCAUAGUAUAGGAUAUGGUAGCAAUUCUGAAUUUGAGCAGUCUACCUACCUACCUCACAACUACAAGUAUAAUAUACAACCAAAUACUAGUAUUUUUUUUUUUCUGCAAAUUAUUAGUGUGUAGUAUUAUAUGGACUGUGUUGUAUAACUUAGUUCAUCAAUGACAAAUAAUGUUCUUGGUUCGAGGAUAUAUACACGGCCGUAUUGUAUUGUA